CGCGGCAGUGCUUGACGGAUAACACACAAAUCUGUCCCGUUGUCUCGGAAAACAUGACAUGCCACCACGAUUGCGGCGAUGUAGUGGUACCCGAGCUUCAGGAGAGCAACAGCGGUGAUGGGGACACUGACGGUGAUACCAACAGUAGCGAUGACAACGCAGAAACAGCCAGCACGUACAGUGACAGCAUUGUGUGGACUAAGUGCACCAGCACGUGUGGCACGGGACUGCGCUGGCAGAUAUGUGACGACUGCGAGAGGAGACUAAUAGAGACCUGCAACACCCACGCCUGUGACGACACCGGCGCGCCUGAGCUGGAGGGCCAGGAUCGCGCUGGUAGUAAAGAUACCAACAGAGUGUGGAAAACAAACACACACACCGACACUGCAGCAUAUGAGGAUGGAGCGGAACAGCACAUUGUGAGUACCAGGAGGACAGACAGCGCCUCAAGCCAGGUGGCUCCACUGUGGGCGUAUACGGGUUUAUAUACGAUAGCCAUCUCGAUAUGGGUGAAUGGAUAUUAAACGGUGUACACGGG